AAAGGGGAUGGAAAUUGAGUUGUCCGAACUCGAAGCGCAGUGUGGUGUAUUUCACUAUUUCCCUCGAAGUCUUUUCCCUUUUUAGAGUCCCUCACAGUAUUUGGAUCGGAUCACAGAGAGAGAGAGAGAGACUGAAUGGAAUUUAUAGGGAUUGAUUUCGGCUGUGCCGUGGGAUCUCUCCGCCAUGGUAAAAUCCCUGACAAAGACUGCUUGCUGCCUCUCAUUUCCAAGCUCCUCGGCUAUUGCAUAGUCGCGGCUUCCACCACCGUCAAACUCCCCCAGAUACUAAAAAUUUUGAAAAACAGUAGUGUCAGAGGCCUUAGUGUUGUUGCCUUUGAGCUUGAAGUAGUCGGCUACACUAUUGCUCUGGCAUAUUGUCUCCACAAAGGGCUUCCCUUCUCAGCUUAUGGGGAGUUGGCAUUUCUUUUGAUCCAAGCUUUAAUUUUAGUUGCCAUAAUCUACUAUUAUUCACAACCGGUGGGCACUAUAACAUGGAUCAGGGCAUUGCUAUAUUGUGCGGUAGCACCAACUAUUCUAGCUGGUCAAAUUAAUCCGGUUCUCUUUGAAGCCCUAUAUGCAUCUCAGCAUGCAAUUUUUCUCUUCGCCAGGAUCCCACAAAUAUGGAAGAACUUUUCUGUGAGUUAAAUAAUUAAUUCCUUG